CAAAUAUCGCCGUAUUUGUUGUUUGGUUUUCCCGUCUUCGGCUGUCAACGUCAUUGGCAAAAACACGUUAAUUUCCCUUCAUCAUUGCAACUUUUCUUUUUUUCCUUUUGACUUCCCACUCUCGAUCAACAACCUAUGGCUUGACCAAGGCCCCUUUCUGUCGUCCUGCACGGCCUGAAACUACUUUUCAUUCUCGAUCUAUCCUUCAUGUAUCCUUAUAGCUGAAGACUCCCCCCCCACUUCGUAAUGCCGAAACUUGCCGUCGUCCAUUCGCCCCCAUGCGCCAUCCGAACUCUCCUACACACUUCGCCCUCACCUAAAUGCCCGAUUCCUCGUGCCAGCCAUCGCCAGAGCUUCGUCUCUUCUCCCCGGCGGCCGUUGGCCCAGCCUCGUUAUGAAGUACUCGGUGAUACCUGGCUCCCACUAGCCACUCCCACUACGUUCUUCUCGCCGACGGGCUCUCAUGCAUCAUUGAACGGGCUGAAUGGAAACCCCAAUAAUGAUCAUAAGCCACCCGAUGAACGGAUCCUGAAGCUGGGGAAAACUCUCCGAACUUUAUCCCCGCUCCUCCCUACUCUUCUCGUUAAUCCUCUGCCUCCAAACAUCCUUUCACCAAGUGUGACUUUACAUCUGUUCCCGGCAACACAUCCGCAUCUUCCUACGGUAAGAGGUCGAACGCUUUACCGUGCAGCGCUAUGGACAGUCCCUGUGGCGUGGAGCAGCCUUCCGCUGGUCGGAAAUGUCAAGUUGCAGAUCCUGAGCGAGCGCAUCGUCCGUGCAGGAACAGUCCUGGAUCCGGAUCGAUGCAGUGACAGCGACUGUGGCGAUGAACGGUUGGUUAUCCGGUGGAAAACACAAGGGAGAAGCGAGAGCCACUCUGAGACCCCCGUGGCCGACACGACGCCAAACGGGGAUGCUUCAUCGGGGGCGCACGGGCAUCUCUCGUCGUCGAGAAAUGGCAUCAACAAGGGUCUCAGUGUGCUUCUGGGCGGAGAUGCUCCAAUUUUCAAGUUGUCCAAGGAAGAGGAAUUCACGGGACUCUUCAUCUUCUCAUUCGAUGAGGAAGGUCGUAUCUCGACUCACACCAUCGAACAUGCGGACGAUGCAAACGGAUGGGAUCGCACGCCUAAGUUCGUCACUUUGACAGAUUGGCUGAUUGGAAAGGCAAGGGGCUCGCUGGAUCCUUCCACAAACCCCGAGUUGGCCUUCCAGAGCUCCCAACAUUUUGGACUACCCCAGGGCGAAAAAUAUCGCCAUUCCCAUCGCUGACCAUAGCCCAUUAUGGCCAUGGGUAUAACGCUGCUUUGUCAGAGCAGGCUGUUAGAUUAUCUCACGAAGAACUCUCGAUAUAAAACCACAUGGAACCUGGUCUACUGUACAAGCAGUGGCUUUGAAGUUCUGGGUGAUAUUAACAUUAAUAUCCACGUCGACUGGAUUUGUACCAUAUCAGAGUCUAGCUUGUCUCAUCUAUUUGC